AUGCCAUCUUCGAGCCCUCGCACCGUCGAAGAGAUCUUCAAGGACUACAGCGCUCGUCGCUCUGCUGUCAUUCGCGCCCUUACCUACGAUGUGGAUGAGUUCUAUUCGCUUUGCGAUCCAGAGAAGGAGAAUUUGUGCCUGUACGGACACCCAGAUGAGUCGUGGGAGGUGACUCUGCCGGCAGAGGAAGUACCCCCGGAGCUUCCUGAGCCUGCACUGGGCAUCAAUUUUGCAAGAGAUGGGAUGAACCGUAAGGAUUGGCUGUCAUUGAUUGCAGUACAUAGUGAUUCUUGGUUGCUCUCUGUGGCUUUCUACUUUGGUGCUCGCCUGAAUCGAAAUGAGAGGAAGCGUCUAUUUAGCUUGACAAACGAUCUGCCUACAAUCUUUGAAGUCGUAACUGGAAGGAAGCCCGUAAAAGACAAACCCAGUGCAGAUAGUGGAAGUAAAUCCAGGAACAGUGCAAAGAGAUCAAUUGAUGGACAAAUAAAGAGCAAUAAUAAGUUACUCGAUGGGAGUUAUGUGGAGGAUGAAGAUGAGCAUAGCGAAACCCUAUGUGGAAGCUGUGGGGGAAAUUACAGUGCUAAUGAGUUUUGGAUUGGCUGUGACAUCUGCGAGAGGUGGUACCAUGGGAAGUGUGUGAAGAUAACACCAGCCAAGGCAGAAUAUAUUCAGCAGUACAAAUGUCCUUCUUGCAGCACAAAGAAGGGCAAGUAG